CGACCAAAAGUCUCACGUUCGUCAUUCACACAAGGCGGUUGUAGACUCUCGCCUUCCGCCAACGCCUUGAUUGCUUCAACAUGACCGCCGGCACGCCAACGCGACACCUUGCAACGCGCGGCGGUGCUGCUACGAAGUACUUCGACCAUGCCAGUGCUCCACGCGUCAACACCGAUAUAAUAGUCGUCGAGGCUCUUCGUCGCGAGUAUCCUCAACUGCAUCUCACUGUAGUGCCUCAAUUUAACUGCAAUAUCCUUGGCUUCGCUGCGGCGGGGAACGCCGCUGCAGCACCAAUCGACAGCGAGCAAGAUCGGCUCUCCACACGCACAUAUAGUGCUCCACCUAGCAGACUGGAUGAGAGCAGAGAGUACGUGAUAUUUGUGGCAGAAGGAAGAGAUGGAACUGGGCCUUAUCCAGUCUUGAAUCAGUAUGUCCUGUCACCUUCUGUCGAGGCGACAAACAACCUUCUACUAGAAGUGGGUGCAUGGAGCAGUCAACUUCACAACGAAGUCUGGGUCUUCGAUGGUGGACGAUGGCAGAAGAGUGCCGAGUUGUGGCAAAGUGUACAGAACUCUCACUGGGAGGACGUCAUCCUGGAUGAAAGCAUGAAAAAAACAUUGAUUGACGACGUGGCCAAUUUCUUCGACAGCCGCGAUGCUUACGCCCGCCUGAAGGUUCCAUGGAAACGCGGUCUCAUCUACUAUGGUCCACCUGGAAAUGGCAAGACCAUAAGUAUAAAGGCUACGAUGAACAGUCUUUAUGCUCGUGAACGACCCGUGCCGACUCUCUACGUACGGACUCUCGCGAGUUAUGGUGGCCCGGAGUACAGCCUGAACCAGAUCUUCCAGCUCGCUCGUCGCGAGGCGCCCUGCCUACUCGUGUUUGAGGACCUCGACAGCAUUGUGAAUGACCGAGUUCGCUCUUACUUUCUCAACGAAGUCGAUGGGAUCCGCAAGAACGAUGGUAUCCUCAUGAUCGGCUCCACCAACCACCUAGAAAGGCUGGAUCCUGGCAUUUCUAAGCGACCAUCGCGAUUCGACCGCAAAUACUUAUUUCCGAAUCCCAACGAAGAGCAGCGUGCAGCCUACAUGAAAUACUGGCAAGGGAAGCUCGCAGACAACAAAGAUCUGGAAUUCCCGGACAAGCUCUGUCCCGCCAUUGCCAAGAUCACGCCCAAAUUCUCCUUUGCUUAUCUCCAGGAAGCCAUGGUCGCGACGUUACUUGCUAUUGCGCGCCAUGGUCAAGGAAAGGUUGCGACUCGUACAACUUGCGUGGGCUGCUCGCACAUCCACGAGAAAACUGCUCCUGGCGCUGUUUGCAAUGUUGAGCCUGUCGAAGUGUUCACAGAGCUAUAUUAUUUUGCCUUGAGGGUGCGUGCUGUGGACAACGACGAUCCUGAUUUGGACAAUUACGUCUUGUGGAGGGAGAUCAAGCGACAGGUCCGAAUUCUGAAGGAAAUGAUGGGUGCCGACGAUGGGACCGAAUCCGAGCAUUAGAAGUAACGACUUUGUACGAAUUUAUGAUUUAUCUUCCUUGAACUUUCCGGCAGUCGUAAGUCGCUCAACGCAACCUAUGAUAUUCUACGCCGAAGCGCGUCACUGCACAUCGACGAUACUCCGAUUAGACUCGGCCAUGUGAUUCAUGACCCGCGGAUGAGUACAUCUUACCGCACAAGCGCACUCGCACUACGGAGGGAAGAGCGACAGACA